AUGACUAAUCUCGUUAAUACCAACCUGGGAUUUAUUGUCUUUGGAUUAAUUUUUGCUUCAUUCUACGGCAGUGCAACGCGGAUAUUCGAUAUUGAAAACAUCCCGGUCGUAAAAUACGUGGCAGUGGCCGGACGAAACGUUACCAUCAGCUGUCCAGGAGUGAACGAGCACUCACUAAUCGAUACGCUCAUUUGGAAAACCACACAAACCGUGGCGGAGUACGUUAAUGGGUUGCCGCUAGUAAACAAUCCGAGGAUUACACUGCUGCCGGACAACUUCAGCUUACACAUCAGUCCGACCAGCUCGGCCGAUACGGCGGAGUACACCUGCUUGUUUAACGACCGCCACAGUCCGGAAGCGAUUGCAGAUCUGCUAGUGCAAGAUGUGCCGGAUCCACCAGGUAGACCGCUGGUCGUAAGCUUCACGUCACGUUCCGUCGAUUUAUCCUGGGCCCACUCGCAGGACGCACGGAACGCACCGGUUACGAAUUUCAUCAUCGAAACAAGGGUCGGUGAAAAUGGAGACUGGAAUCAGGUACCACCGAUCUAUACGAAGUCAAAUUUGGCUUCGUAUCAGGUGACGGAUCUGCUACCGUUCACCGUGUACAGCUUUCGUAUCAUCGCUGUCAAUGAGCUGGGGCACAGUGCGCCUUCAAAGGAGUCGUACUACUUCGUUACGCUACGGGAAGCCCCAACCGGUAAACCCGUAACGACGAUAGCGCACAACACAUCCGCCACCUCGGUGUACAUCUCGUGGAAGCCGCCACCGCCGGACACGAUUUUGGGCGAGUUUCUUGGCUACCGCAUAACGUACCGUACCCGGGACCGGCACGCCGAGGACGUGAAGGAGAUUUACAUUCGCGACAGCACCGUCGAGAGCCACGAGAUACACAAUCUGGAAACGUAUACACAGUAUCUGGUGUCGAUACAGGUGUUUAAUCCCGAAGGAUUAGGCCCACCGACGACCGUGCUGGUGAUGACCGACGAAGGUGUGCCGACCAAACCGCGCAACCUGAGCGUGCUGGAAAUAACGUCAACAACGAUCCGUAUCAGCUGGCUGGAGCCGGAAAAACGGAACGGUGUCAUUCAUGGCUAUCGGGUUUACUACGUCUACCAGAACCAAACGCUGCUCCAUUUGCCAAUCCUGAAGAAUGAUGCGGCCCAAAACUCCGUCUUUUACUACACGCUGACAAACCUGAAGCCAUACACGGAUUAUCGGAUCAUUGUGACAGCGUUUACGCUUAAGUACGAUGGUGAACCGUCGGAGGUAUCGCUGCGGACGGACGUUGGUGGGCCGAGCCCGCCGAAGGUGGUGAACCUGACCUGCCAUUCGCUCGACUCGCUAUUCUUUAGCUGGCGGAUACCACGCGUCUACCACUCGUCGAUCGAUUUCUACAUCGUUAACUACCGCAAUCUAGAGUACGAAGAUACGCACGAGAGGCGCAUCUCGGCCAACGCGUCCAUCGUCGAAACGUCGAUGGUUAUUCACAAUCUGACGACGAACAGUGCGUACGAGGUGAAGGUCCGUGCGGCGACCGUAAGCACGGUGAAUCCAAAAAAGGUGGUCCUUGGCACCUAUUGUGAACCGAUAAAGAUAACACUGCGAGCGAAUUGUGAGCAGUAUCAACCGCCUCCUCUCCGACACAAUCCGUACGUCGAUCAGGAGCUCGUCAUUUUAGCCGGCAUUGUGAUCGGGUGCUUUGGGUUGCUGCUAAUCAUUCUGGCGAUAGUGCUGUGGAGGAAAUGUUUCCACGCGUCGUACGAUGCUGGCGGCCAGAGACCAUCGGAACGGAACGACCACAAACCGGUACAAUCGAAUGGAUGGAAAACGUCCUGCGAUUCAAACGGCAUCGUGCAAACUUCAAUUCCCUCGGAGGAGUACAUCAACGGACAGCAGCAAGCGAUGAUCGAUCGAUUCCAUCGCUAGGCAUCACUGCUGAGAU